CACACACACAGCAUCAGGGUAGUAGGGCGGCUGGUGCGUUGAAUCCACUGCAGACUCCGGCUCAGAGAGACAUGGCUCGUGGGAUUCAUUUGGGGAUGUUGCUGAUUUUAGUUCAAGCAGAGCAUGUUUGCUGUUCAUGGGCCACAGAAGCUCACGGCUCCCAGAGACGAAACGGCAACACAUAUGUUGGCUUCUCACAACGCGACGGUGGUGAAACCAGACUUGGUGGCAGUUAUCCCCAGAAUAAAUUCAGACAGGCCUCCAGCAGCUUUAACCCAGAGCCUGUAGUUGGUAGCAGUUAUAAUAAUAAUCAUAAUAAUAAACAACAUAAUAAUCAGGGCUUUUCACAGCCAGCUCAGAGCGGCAGUGGCUACUCAUCAGUCCGGUUUGUGCAGGCUAAAGUGUCAAAGCCCAACUGGCCAACGUCUGUGUCCAACAACGUUAAUGCUCAGACCGCAGAAACACCACAGAAGUCCAGGUUUGGCCUCUCUACUUUGAUAGCGAGUGGAAACUCUGUGUCCAAGUAUCCGACCAAGAAAAGCUACACGGCGAUCAGGCCGAGGAGUUGGCCGGCGGAGCAGGGAACCCGUCGCACUGGUCAGUAUCUGCCGAGCAGCUCGGCGUCUUCUCGGGAGAGAAACUACUUGACCUCGUCCUCGCAGCAGUCUGCAGCACAGAGGCCUCGCAGCUCUCCUGCCAACACUCCGGCCUUCUCCUCUCAAGGACGCUCCGCCUCUCCUCACCCACCUGCGCAGAAGGCCACUUUGUUCAGGUCAAACUCUUACGUUCCAAACUCGGUGCAAAUGAGAACCUCAGCCACGGCUCCUGCUCAGAGACUGACCUCCAAACACGCUCUGCUCUCGCCCGCCGGGCCUGCCAACACUUACCCGAGCAAGUCUGCUUCUAACGUGGAGUCAAGUGCUGUGUUUGCACCGAGGAGCAUGCAGGUGAAAACAAACCAGAGGUUUAACAACCCCAGGUACACGUCUCAGCAGAACGAGGCUGGUGUGAGCUCGCUGUGGAACACAAACGCAGGCCAGCCUGGAUCUCAUCUUGGAUCUAAUCCUGGAUCUCAGCGCUUCGCUCCAACCAAGACUCUCAGCAUCCCCGAGCGCUUCGGGGGCUUCGCCAUCAGGCGUCUGAGAGAACCAGUCGACCAGAAACCAGCUCCACAGCAGCGCCACGCGAACCCUUCACAGAAGACGGCGUCGUACGACCCACAGCAGGGUCUUCAUGAGCCCAGCCGGUGGAUGAACGUCAGAGCAGGACAGAUGCAGCAGUGACCUGAUCCUGAAAUGUUUGUGUUUAAAAUAAAUCAUUUUAAAUCUGGACUUGAA